AUGUCCAAUACAAUAGUGGAGCUGCUGUUCAGUGAGAUGGAGAAGUGGAAGAUUGGGCCCCAUUACCCAGACCUGGGGUGGUCCUGCAGGCACGGGCCAGUGAACCUGUUGGGAGACACAGAUCUGAUCCUGCAGAUCCCCCUCAGUGCCAACACCAGCCUGCCGGUGUGGGAGAGUGUGCGUGCAGCUCAGGUGGAGGUGGAGUGGACCGUGAGUCCUUACAGCAUUAACAUCUGCAUCACUCCUUUCACCUCCCCAAAAGCAAAGGCGCUCCCCCAGACCAAGGCUCCGACCGCAGCCCAGCCCAUGACCAUACCUGGAACCCAGUCCUUGGCGCUAACUACAGUCCAGCCUUCGUCCCUGCCUCCCCUCCCUGCACCCCUCUCUCAAACUCUCAGCCUGACCCAGCCCCUUACCACAGCCCACCCUCAGCCUCCUCUCCAGCCAAUCACCACCGCCCAGGGCGCUGUCACCAACCUACUGUACCAGCCGGGCCCCAGAGCCGAGUGGGUCCAGCAGGCCUGCUUCUACACCAGACCCUCCGGGCAGGUGUGCAUCUGCGACCACUUCCUCCUGGGCUGGUGCCCGAAUGGGUUCGACUGCGAGCAGCAUCACACACCUUACCCUUUCCACUGGCAACUGUGGUGCCAGGACACCUACCAGUGGGUCAGCACCUCCCACUCCGCCCAGGUCAGGCUGGAGAGGCUGUACUGUGACAAGGACAGAGACAUCGUCAGGCUGCAGGAAGGGAAUUGGAUGUUCACCCUCAACUUUGACACAAUGACAGUGGGAGACUCGGGGAAGUAUGGCAAAGCCAGGAGACUCUCCAACAGCAGCAAUGCAGCAAUGAACCCCUAUUUCCCCACAGAGUGGCGCUACUACUGGUGGAAUGACUACACAUGGGAAAAGUACAAAGAAGACCUGGUGUUCACCAUGGAGGCGGGGGAUACCAGAUGCCGCUUCUUCAUCGGGAAGCAGCAGUAUGAGUUGGACUUAAUCAGCCUGAUCCAGACCAACCUCAGCACUGGGUUCAAGCGCAGAGUACGACGCCGACCCACCUUCCGCUCACCCUUCUCCAUCAAAUCGCACCUGAAAACAGGUGAGGCCUCCCAGCCCACUGGUGAAGUCCUUGCCAGUGUCAGUGUGGACCCUCUGCAGGAGUUCAACAGCUGGUACCCCCCUGUGUGGACCCUGAGUCCAGGCCAGGACUUCAGCCUGCUGGAAGUCCCGCCCAGUGCCGAGGCCUACCAAAAAAUCCACAGCCUGUUCCACAGCACCAUGUCUGAGAUAAAGAUGGAGAUCGUCAGCAUACAGCAGGUUCAGAACAAGUUCCAGUGGGACAAGUACCGAAGGCAGAAGGAGCACAUGCAGAGUCACAGCGGGGACUGGAGCGGGCCCCUGGAGCGACACCUGUUCCACGGGACCACGGAGGAUGCCGCCAACGAGAUCUGCAUGAAUAACUUCGACCCACGGGUGUCCGGGAAGAACGGGGUGGCAUACGGCCGCGGCAGCUACUUUGCGCGGGACGCCAGCUACUCGAACAGGUAUGCACCUGCAGGCACGGGGGGCUACCAGCACAUGUUCCUCGCCAAGGUGCUGGUGGGCAAGACGUGCGUGGGGAAUAUCAACUACUGCCGCCCGCCCCGCCUCCACACCAGGAAGCCCAGGUUUGAGCUGUACGACGCCUGCGUGAACCAGGCGCACAACCCCUCCGUCUUUGUGGUGUUCGACAGCUGCCAGUGUUACCCCUACUACCUGAUCAAGUACAAAGCCACGUCCGACGUCGUCAAAGUCUUUGAGUGA